AUGCUGUCUGUGCUUACGUGGGCUUUGACGGCCCCUAAGCGAUCUCCGGAGUCUAGAAAGACAGCUGCGGAAGUGCUGGCAGCUCUCCUGAAGUACGUCUGCAGGUCCGCAGCUCCCGUGUCUGUGCAAUGGGUUGCGGUGAAACCCGACGGAGCCGGGCACACCUUGAGGGGGUCCGUCUCGGGGACCUUUGUUCUUGAAGGUCUUCUGAGCAAGGAUAUGAGUGACGCCGUCAGCUUGGCUUGGGAUUCUGACUUCAUGGAGCCCUCGAAGCCGUAUCCUUCUUCACCACGCAAAGCACCAAGCAUCGUAGAUUUUAUACUGUGGUCUCUGGAACCGAUGCCCUUGAACAACAAGCAUGAGACCCUCAAGAAGAACAAAGCAUUGCUGGCCACGCAGGCGCGAAUCUUGCUGACACAGCUGGCUCUCGCUUUGGAUACGGUGUCCCUGGGGAAUCUUUUCCAUCCCGAACGAGACGACGGCACUGGCAUCGGGCGUUUUGAGAUCAUGCACUCAAUGGGCGCCAAGAGGAGGCGUCUUACGACGCUAGCUGUCAAUUCCGUGGCUGCCCAGGCAGCCCAGCGUCUCUAUGAUGGAAAGAUCUUCAUGGACGGCAGUGACAUUGGACAGCGCCCAACGGAGGUGGUGAUGCUGUGGUCACAAGAAUUGCAGCUGGGUUGCUACGGCCCACCUGUGGCACGGAACUGA